CGCAAGCGUCGCGCGCCCAAGGCUCAGCGCGCCUGCGCAGGAUAGCGGCCGUUCAGCCAGCGGCUCGGGGGCGGAAGCACGGGAGCCCCGAGUCACGUGGCUGCGGGCGGAGAUGAGCGGGGCGUGGGACGUGCUGCCGCGUCCUAGCUGGCUUACAGGGCGGCGGCGGGGCGUGUGUCCUCUGUUAAGAGUGCUACUCGCCCGGGGUUGAUCUGUGUGCAUGCCACUCCUGUGUCAGACGGUGAGGUCGGCGUCUGCGAGGACGCGGCGGUGGAGUAGAAGGGCAGCCGGAGACAGGCCGGGCGCCCCUUCUGAGGCUAGACGGCCCCAGCUUCGCGGGGAUCAUGGCAUUGCUGGUGGACCGAGUGCGGGGCCACUGGCGAAUCGCCGCCGGGCUCCUGUUCAACUUGCUGGUGUCCAUCUGCAUUGUGUUCCUCAACAAAUGGAUUUAUGUGCACCACGGCUUCCCUAACAUGAGCCUGACCCUGGUGCACUUCGUGGUCACCUGGCUGGGCUUGUAUAUCUGCCAGAAGCUGGACAUCUUUGCCCCCAAAAGUCUGCCGCCCUCCAGGCUCCUCCUCCUGGCCCUCAGCUUCUGCGGCUUUGUGGUCUUCACUAACCUUUCUCUGCAGAACAACACCAUAGGCACCUAUCAGCUGGCCAAGGCCAUGACCACGCCGGUGAUCAUAGCCAUCCAGACCUUCUGCUACCAGAAAACCUUCUCCACCAGAAUCCAGCUCACGCUGAUUCCUAUAACUUUAGGUGUAAUCCUAAAUUCUUAUUACGAUGUGAAGUUUAAUUUCCUUGGAAUGGUGUUUGCUGCUCUUGGUGUUUUAGUUACAUCCCUUUAUCAAGUGUGGGUAGGAGCCAAACAGCAUGAAUUACAAGUGAACUCAAUGCAGCUGCUGUACUACCAGGCUCCGAUGUCAUCUGCCAUGUUGCUGGUUGCUGUGCCCUUCUUCGAGCCAGUGUUUGGAGAAGGAGGAAUAUUUGGUCCCUGGUCAGUUUCUGCUUUGCUUAUGGUGCUGCUAUCUGGAGUAAUAGCUUUCAUGGUGAACUUAUCAAUUUAUUGGAUCAUUGGGAACACUUCACCUGUCACCUAUAACAUGUUCGGACACUUCAAGUUCUGCAUUACUUUAUUUGGAGGAUACGUUUUAUUUAAGGAUCCACUGUCCAUUAAUCAGGCCCUUGGCAUUUUAUGUACAUUAUUUGGCAUUCUCGCCUAUACCCACUUUAAGCUCAGUGAACAGGAAGGAAGUAGGAGUAAACUGGCACAACGUCCUUAAUUGGGUUUUUGUGGAGAAAAGAAUGUUGUCCCAAGAAGAUAAACAAUAUUGUUAAGUGUGCAAGUUAUUAAAAAAAAAAAAUUGGGCCGGGCGCGGUGGCUCGCCUGUAAUCCCCGCACUUUGGGAGGCCAAGGCCAGCGGAUCACCUGAGGUCAGGAGUUCGAGAUCAGCCUGACCAACAUGGAGAAACCCUGUCUCAACUAAUAAUACAAAAUUAGCCAGGCGUGGUGGCGCAUGCCUGUAAUCCCAGCUACUCGGGAGGCUGAGGCGGGAGAAUCACUUGAACCCAGGAGGCGGAGGUUGCAGUGAGCCGAGAUCGUACCAUUGCACUCCAGCCUGGGCAACAAGAGCGAAACUCCAUUUCAAAAAAAAAAAAUUGGUAACUGACUCAAUGAUGGAAUGAUUUGUCGGAAUUAACACAAAGCAGAUUUUAUUCAUAUAAUGACUUUUUUUUAAGAGUCUCUUUUUUAAAAAAACUUAAUUCUCUAAAACAAAAAUGGUUCAUGCUUCUUUUUAAAAAUGAUUGUAUAAAAUGUAUGGGAUGGUUAGCCUGGUGUGGUGGUGCACACCUGUAAUCCCAGCUACUUGGGAGGCUGAGACAUGAGAAUUGCUUGAGCCUGGGAGGCGGAGGUUGCAAUGAGCCAAGAUCGCACCACUGCACUCCAGCCUGGGCAACAGAGCAAGACACUGUCUCUCUCUCUCUCUCCAUAUAUAUCUAUGUGUGUGUGUGUAUAUAUAUAUGUGUGUGUGUGUGUGUAUACAUAUAUAUACACAUAUAUACACACAUACAUAUACAUGUGUAUAUAUAUACCAUCCCAUAUAUAUGUGGGAUAUAUAUAUAUAUAUGGUUAUAUAUAUAUGGGAUGGUUUGGUUGGUCCCAGCAAAGUACAUGAAAAUUAAAGUUCUGUGAUAAUGACAAAGGAAUUGCUGUUACUGUACUGCAAAUAUGCUGUGGGUUCUCAGUGUUCAUACUCUUCUAAGGAAGGACACACAGUAGCUCUCUGCUUGCUGAUAGAUGGUUUCCCAGUGUGAGAUUUGUUAUUUUGAUCAGAGUAUUCAAAUCAGAAUUUAAAUCUAGUGUUUCUAUUUUAGUUUAGCUUCCUGAUUUAUAUAAAUGAAAUCUCAUUUAUAAAGUAUAAUAAAGAUGACUGUAAGACAAAA